UCCACAACGAUGCUCAUGGAAAGAGUCGAAGAAGUUCCCUUCAUCUACAAUGGCGUAACAUACAAAACCUGGGUAAAGAUUGUGGGCGAUUUAGAGAAAAGCAUCCGCACGCCUGUAAUUGCACUUCAUGGAGGCCCUGGUCUUUCGCAUGAUUAUAUGAAUCCACACAUUGAUCUUGCCAUAAACUCUUCUAUCCCCGUUAUUUUCUAUGACCAGAUUGGCUCUGCCCGUUCUUCCCACUUCGUCUCAUAUCGUGGGAUCGCUCCUCCGAAUACACCAGACGAGGCACCUGCUAUCACCAUCGAUCUCUUCGUUGCAGAAUUGACUAACCUUAUCAACCAUCUCAAGAUCUCCGCCUUCGAUAUUGUUGGUCACUCCUGGGGUGGCGUUCUUGGUGUGGAAUACGCUAUCCGAGUUCAACCUCCCGGACUUAAACACCUUGUCCUAGUCAGCUCACUUGCCUCCAUGGCUCUAUGGGGCCAGAGUGUCAUGCAGCUAAGUGCAUCGGUGGUACCAGAAGAUAUGCGCAGCGAGCUUGUUCAACCAUCCAGCAUGGGAAAACAUCGAGAAGCGCUGAACUCGUUGCACGCCGUGUAUGGAUGUACAUGUGUUCCUGUACCAGACGAAGUCAAGAGAUCACUCGACUAUGCAGCGAGCGAGGAGGAAAUAUGCGAUACGACGGUCCCUCAGAAGAUGUUUGGGGGGGAAUUCGGUACUUGGUCUUGCAUUGGUCGCCUACACCAUGUCCUUGUUCCAACCUUGAUUAUCAAUGGACGCAAAGACCUCGCUCAGGAUUUUGUUGUUCAACCAUUUUUUGAUGGGAUUGCUAAAGUCAAGUGGGUUAGGAUGGAGAAUUCCAGUCAUAUGGCAAUUUGGGAGGAACGGGAGAGGUAUAUGUCUAUUCUUGAUGAUUUUCUGGGUGCAUGUAUUUGA